AAGUGCCUCUGCUGUGCUGGGGUCCUGGGACUCUCCUCCUCCCAUCGGAUACCUCUGAUGGGGGUGUAGCGCUGAAGUCACAGUGAUGUCAUUUUGGGAUGUGAGUGUCGGAGAGCAAGGUGAGCUGGUUUUACGUUGAGGUGAGCGUGAUCCCUCUUCGGCCAGCUUUGCCUGUAGAAUAGCGCGGAGCGGCGAAAGAUGGUCAUCGCCACCGGAACCGAAUCAAGCUGCGACGCGCUCUGUGCCUCUGCUGCUGCUCAGAUCCCGGACUAUGGGCCCCUGAUCUGUCUCCUCUGCACAACCCUUUACCACCAUGCCUAUGGACAACUAAUAAGAAGAGUUGGUUUGAUAGGGCAACUAGCGUUGGCCACGUGCCCUAAAGGUAAACUGGAUGGCCAUUGCGCAAAGGUGCCUCAACAGUAUGUCCAAGACGCACUGGACCCUGUCGGCAGUUCUUUUACUGUGGACUUGUCUCAUCAGGAUUGCUUCUUGUUAUCCAAUUCCAAAUAGGACUAACGCAACUUUAUUGGAAAAGAAAUGGGAGACGCUUUUUUCACGCUCUUAUCUCGGGAUAACUGGGUCAAAAUCUGAAGUCAAUUGGGAGAGUGACUAUUUGCAGGGCAUCAAAAGAGUGCGGCGACUCUACUGCAACGCGGGCAUUGGGUUUCACCUGCAGGUGCUCCCGGAUGGCAGGAUAAGUGGUGUACACAAUGAGAACCAACACAGUCUCAUAGAAAUCUCCACUGUGGAGAGAGGAGUUAUAACCCUUUUCGGGGUCAAGAGUCAACUGUUUGUCGCAAUGAACAGCAAGGGAAGGUUAUAUGGAAAGAAAUCCUUUGGGGAUGAGUGCAAGUUCAGGGAGACUUUGCUUCCCAACAACUACAACGCCUAUGAGUCUUUUGUUUACAAGGGCUUCUACAUCGCUCUCAGCAAACAUGGUCGUGUAAAGAGAGGCAACAAGGCCACCACCGCCAUGACGGUCACGCAUUUCCUCCCAAGACUUUGACUGAAACUGGCAAUAACUCAGUUUUGCACAUUUGGAUAUACGUCCAGGUAACACAGUUAACUGUACACACCAAUGAACUGAGGGGAAAUAUUUAUUCUGUUCAUAAAUAUAUGUAUAUUUGGUUAUAAAUUAACAUGCCAUACUGUACUGCUCAUACUUUGAUCCUUAGAGAUUGAGGGCUGAAGCCUUUGCCUGUCUCACUGUAUCUUGGUGCUUGCAGUAAUUUUACAUUUCGUCACUUUUUUGGAAAAGAAACAUUUUCUUGGUCUAAAAGAGUGACACAAAUGAUUAAUUUACCUCAGAGACCCUCUUUUACAAGACAAAGCGAUGCAUGCAGUAAAAUAUGAGCAAAGUUUAGGUUUUGGGAGUUCUAAGCGCUUAUAGUCCUUUUCUCUCUUAAUAGCUAUAAGCCAAUAAGCCACUAAAAUGCACUACCUUUGCUGCACGAUUCAAAGGUGCCUUGGUAUUUCCUCUGGUGGCCCCCUUAAACUUGCAUGUAAGAGACACCCACUGGAGUCAGAAAUAGGGCUGACGAUCUGAGGGCCUCAAGUGAGGGAUGGCUAUCUCUGGUUUAUUUUCUUUUCUGAAAUUAGAUCAAUUAAGUAAUGUACAAUCUGUAGUUGAGACCAGAGACUAGUCCACCAUAAAUAUGAGGCCAGAGUUUUCUGUAAGCACUACCAGCAAAUAAACAGGGUGGCGCAUGGACAAAUCCUUUCAGUUCUUUGGACGCCACUUGCCACUGCACUGAGCACACAUAGAUCAUUAGUACAGACUUGGCGUUUAAGAUUUGAGUAUGCAAGCAGCAGCUAAAAUAUAUAUACCAUUUUCAGUUAAAGUUUGAGUGAGAGGUUAAAAUAUGAAUUUAGUUCUGCUUUGUUGCAGUUUGUCUAACUGAAGUAUGACAGGUUUAUUGUGUAAAGAGAAAAUGGCUACUAUUAUAGAAAAUGUAUAAUAUUAUUGACAAGAUAAAUGUUCUGUUUCUUCUUCUUGCCUUUAAGUCAGUGUUGAUCAAUAUGGUCAUUGCUUUGACUGAUUUGGUUUUGGGCUCUGCAGCAGCACUGCAGUGAGGUGUCAGAGCUGUUGCCUCAGACUUAGAAAUGCAAUUAUGGAUGAGCCAAGGACUAAGGGACAGUGAAGGACAGAAAGCUCUGGGAAUGUUGGUGGCCACCACAGUAUAAUAUGAAAAUCCUUCUUGGAGAGGUUCUAGAAUAGACCAAUUUUAUAUUACAUUCUACAAUAUAAACAAAUGUCAUCAUACAGCUUGUAUUAGGUGCAGUCUCCUUGAAAACCUGCAGUAAACAGUACUGUGUGUGGUUGUUGAAGGAAGUGUGACUUUUGUCACAAAGUUAAGAUAUAUGAGGAUGUCUCUUGUGUUUUCAGUGCUGUCCAUUAAUUGUGACGAUACCUGAGCUGACCCCUCCGAGCUUCCUUUAGCUGUCCUUUACCCUUUUACCCCUUUAGCCCUUUAGCCUCGACUGUAGCAGGAUGUGGAGAAUCCAAGUUCCUUCUCUUCUUUCAUCUGUUUUAGUUGAAGGUCAAAUAGUGGAGCCUUUGCUCAAACUGUCCAGGUUGAUCAGCUCCUUUACUAGUAUUGUUUCCACCUAAAACACUCCAUAGAUACAUAACAGAAAACUAUCUUCAAUCUCCAGUGAAGCUGCAGUUCUUUUGAUACAAUAAAAAUAUUAUUUUCACAGCCAUCUUCAGUAUUUAUUAAGCAGCCUUUUCCAUCAACUUGAUUUGUGUUCUAGCCCAAAUGCAUAAACUGUCACACUUGUUAUUUUGAAAAAUAACUGCAAAGAGAAUAGAGCAGAACCAAGCAAUAAGAGACAAAGUCCAAUCUUCCCUUGAUGAUUUUUUCUGUGUAGUUAUCACUGCAUGUUGUGUAGAUGAAAUUAUUUUAUAUACUGUUUGUUAAGGAAUUGGAAAUAAUAAAUUAUAUUAUAUUAACUAAAAUAUACUGAGGAAAAACAGGAGUAUGGCUCUGUUCUCUCAUAGAUGUCACCUUUUAUUUGCAGCACCUUAGGAAACUUUCUUCAGAUCGAGUUAUUUAGUAAGAGCCAGACAUCGGUGGGGAUAAGGACACAAUUCUAAAUGUUCACAUUUUAGCUUAGACCAAAAAUAUUUUGUCUCAUUAUCUGUUUUCCUCCCUGCUGUCUCCAAUUGAUUCAUAUAUAAAUUGGUGUUGAUUCUCUAAUGUUUAUGGGCUGUGCGCAUGCCUUGGUCCUAAACGAAACUUGUCUUUAUUUUAUUUUUAUUAUUUUGGUUGUGCUCUUUUCUAAAGGAGUGAAGAUAUACACUAUUCCUCUUAUUUGUUUUCAUAUACCUCUACUUUGCCUUAGUUUUGGCUAAAUUAUGAUUGUAAAAUAGGUACAAGCACUUAUUUUGUUUCUGAAACGAGACAGAUUAUGAAUUUAAUUUUUCAUUUAUUUUUGUACGUAUGUGCUGUGCACAACAGUAUACUGUAUUCAUCAGAUAUCAAUAAAGUUUGUUUUAUAUUG